AUGGAACAGGCCGACAAAGGCGCACCCAAAGGCGGCGCCCAGGCAACUGAACAAAUCCUAACCUUCAUAGGAGCGGUGCUGCUUCUAUAUGGCGACCAACUGACGCUACAGUUCCAAAGCACGAUUCGCGGUUUUCGAGACUACCUUCUACUUGCUUUUGGCCCUGUAGGUGUUGGCUUGGCCACCCUGAACACCAUCCGCAUUGCUGGGCCGAAAUGGCUGAAACUCUCUGUUGGAAGGUAUCGGCCCCUGGUGUGUAGCGUGGUGUGUCCGAUCGUGCAUGAGGCCGUCGCUAACCAAGGCGUCAUGAAUUCUAGGUCUCGAGAAGAGCCCGCCGUGAUCGAGAAGGAGCUAUUACCGUCCACAUCGGCCGGGGUCUGUGAGGCGUGGACAGGGAGGAACAUCUCUCGCAUCAAGGGGAGCUUGCCGUUGGGUAACAUCACCACCCUCAUCGUCACCGAGAAGGGGCGAAUCCUUGACCUCCAGCGCCGCUUGUACCUGCACACCACACCCCACCACACAGGCUUUCACUGGAAACUCCAGUCCAACGACGACAGCGAGCACCGGCCGGGGGAUUUCAAGUUCAUGGUGAAUGGGUCUUCUAACCUGAGUUGGAGUCUUAAAAAGCCCAGCAGUCCGUGGCUGGGCUUUGAAAGCCGUAGCAUUCUCGCUGUGGUUGGCGCGUUGGUCCAGUCUGGAGCUUGGGUUUUCAUUAGCAAGCUCGCUGCCGUUGACACGCAAGACGGACGCAAUGGGGUGAUCUGCUAUUUUGUCGGUGCAGGCUUGACAUUCAUCGCGUUGGAGCCUGGGGCCCUAGUCGAUGACGCGGGGGAAUCAAUGGACCAGUCCACGUGCUUCAGGAUACAUCUGACCUACCCACCCGAGCCAGUCGAGAACAAUGCCGUACCUACUCCGACACCGGCUGGAGGUGUUAACACUGUCGAGUAUUACGGCAUCCGGGCAAUGGACACGACCUUGGCAGAUCAAUGCCUACAGGAGCUGUCUCUCCUGUUCGUUGAGGCUAUCGCAACCAGGAUCCAAGCUGUUGGCGGAUGUCCGACGAAGCUGUCCGCCGAGAGACAUGGCGCGCGAGCAUGGGAACACACGCUUCUGAAGGACUUGGCCGAACAAAUUAAGAAUAACCAGAUAAACCCGGACAUAGAGGAUACGCUCGCGUUGGUCGUUCCUGUCUUCAUGCGGCACAACAUUCUGCCCAAGGAGGGACUGGAGGAGUAG